AUGAUUGCGCGUUCUCUCCCAGGCCUCCUUUCGGUAGCUUUGACGUUGAGUGCAUUUACGGUGGCCUACGACAUCACAGCGCUUCUGUCAGAGCUGAGCCCAUCGACCGAGGUCUUCUACCCCUCAGAUGCAAACUGGACCGACAGCAUCCAAAGAUGGACAACCUAUGACGAACCAACCUUCGUGGCAGCUUUGAAGCCUGCAUCGGUGGAAGAUCUGCAGACAAUUGUAAAGUUCUCGGCAGUCAACAAUGUGCCAUUUCUCGCGUCCGGACGAGGCCACGGGUACAGCACCUCGUUCGGUGCUCUGGAGAACGGUAUCAAGGUCGACCUGGGCUUCUUCAACAAAACAACCGUCGAUGCAAGCGCGAACAGAAUGACAGUUGGCGGAUCCGUCGCCUUCGAAGAUCUCAUGCCCGUGCUGUUUGAAGCCGGGAAAGAAAUCCAAACCGGAUCCUGUCCUUGUGUCGGCAUGCUUGGAGCAACCCUGGGAGGUGGCGUUGGCAGGUACCAGGGUCUUCACGGGCUCAUCAUAGACGCCCUCAAAUCUGUCAAUCUCGUCACGGCAUCUGGAGACCUGAUCACUGUGUCAGAAACUGAAAACUCGGAUCUUUUCUGGGGCAUUCGCGGGGCCGGGUUCAAUUAUGGGAUCAUCACAGAAGCCAGGUAUGAGGUCUAUGACUUGACCAACGGCGGGGUUGUAGUGAAUGCGGAUUUCCUGUUCCCCGCUAGCUCCAACGAGACUUUCUUCAAGGCACUGACAUCAUUCGGGACUUUACCUCCAGCACUGUCCCUGUACACCCUGGUCGUGAGGAACACAACUAUCAAUGAGACCGUCAUCCUGCUGAAUGCCGUCUAUCCCGGACCAGAGCACGAAGCUCUGAAUCUAAUCCAGCCCUUUAUGGAUAUUCCUUAUAUCGAAAAGAAUAUCAGUUUAGUGAGUUGGGAUAUGGUAGACUCUUCGGCCGGGUUUGGGUUAGGGAGCAUGUUCUGCGUAGAUGGCCAAAUGCACGACAUGUAUUCCGUGGGAGUCAAGACGCUGGACCUCCAGACACACCUCGACUAUUUCAACAAUCUAACCGCCUUCUAUGAGAAUUACCCAUCUGCAUCAGGAAGUGCCUGGGAAAUAGAGUUCUUCCCCAUACAGGCAAUCGAGGCUGUCCCCGACUUCUUGACUGCAUAUCCUCACCGCGCGAUUCGAGCUCAAGAGAUGUUCUCGUUCAACCUGACCGAUCUUUCCGCAGAGGAGGGCGUGAACGAGUUCGCGAACCAGGCAGUGAAGGCCUUCAACGCAACGAGUGGAUUCGACGAUUUCCAUGUCUACGUGAGCUAUGCGCAUGGAACUGAGAGUCUAUCGGACAUGUAUGGCGCGGAAAAACUUCCACGGCUGCUUCGCCUGAAAGAGACAUGGGACCCCAAGAACCUCUUCCGGUUUAAUAACCCUUUGGUGCAGUAGUGUAUACAGCCCAACUGGAGAGUUCUUGGAUCUGCCUCUCUGGUGCCAAGCCUCUUCUAUCCUUUGGCUUCUACGUUAAUCUUCUGUUUUGCUUGUCUAUCAUUACCCCAUAUGUGGGAAUAUGUAGCCUAGAACCAUUAUAUAGAUAAAUUUAUUUAAUAGCUUCGUAU